GGACAACACAGGAUUCCAGGAGAGAGGGAGAGACACGGAGGGAAAGAGUAACAGUGAGAGAGAGAUGCCUCUUAGAAAGCCACGUCCUGUCUCUCUGGGGAGAAUUUGCGAGCAGUGAGACCGGGCUGAGGGUCAGAGACAGAAGCCUGAAGAGCCAAUGACUGUCUCCAUAAUUCUCCUCAAUGGUGCAUCAGUGCAGCGGGACGUUACUCAGCUGUGUGUGUGAGCAGGUGCAGGACAGCAGACAUGAGGACCAGAGGCUCAACUCCCCUCUGCACAGCCUUUAGACUGUAAUUCAAUCUGUGAAGAUGACAUCUGCCUCACCUCCUUCCUCUCGUAGCUCCUCUCCUCAGAAUGUGUGCCACUCCCAGACACAGACAGAUGUUUUAAAACCCUUACUGGGUGGCGGCGUAUCCGGUGCGGGCGGGACUCUGAGGAAGAGGAGACGCGUCCUGUCCAAAGAUGGACGAAGCAACGUGCGCAUCGAGCACGUCAGCGGGCGAAGUGCUCUGUACAUGCGUGACCUCUGGACAACUUUUCUGGACAUGCAGUGGCGCUACAAGUUAUUCUUGUUCACGGCUACGUUUGCAGGGACCUGGUUCCUGUUCGGGGUGCUGUGGUAUCUGUUGGCACUGGUGCACGAAGACCUACUUGAAUUCGACCCUCCAUCAAAUCACACACCCUGUGUGAUGCAGGUGCAAACCCUGACGGGGGCUUUCCUCUUCUCCCUGGAGACCCAGACCACCAUUGGUUAUGGUUUUCGAUGCAUCACUGAGGAAUGUCCAGUAGCCAUCAUCCUCCUCAUCGUCCAGCUGGUGCUCACUAUGCUGAUGGAGAUCUUCAUCACCGGUACCUUCCUAGCCAAGAUUGCACGGCCAAAGAAGCGAGGGGAGACGGUGAAGUUUAGCCAGCAUGCUGUGGUGUCGACCCACGAAGGGCGACCCUGCCUGAUGAUCCGGGUGGCCAACAUGCGCAAGAGUCUCCUGCUCGGGUGUCAGGUGACUGGAAAACUGCUCCAGACUUCUCUGACCAAGGAAGGCGAGACAGUUCGUCUGGACCAGAGGAACGUGCCCUUUGAAGUGGACAUGUCCAGCGACAGCCCCUUCCUCAUCCUGCCCCUCACCUUCUAUCACAUCAUAGAUGAAAACAGCCCGCUGAGAGCCUGGGCAGCCAAGGGUGGGGGCUGGACAGAUCCAGAGCUGGCGGACUUUGAGCUGUUGGUGAUCAUGAGUGCAACAGUUGAACCGACCUCCGCUACCUGCCAGGUGCGCACCUCCUACCUGCCGGAUGAGAUUCUGUGGGGUUAUGAGUUCCCCCCUGUCGUCUCUCUCUCUCCAUCAGGCAAAUACGUAGCGGACUUCUCCUUCUUCGACAAAGUGGCCAAGACGAAGACCACGCCCAUCUUCAAACCCUCCAGCCCCCAGCCUGGGUACCAGUGCAACGGGGGCGGGGCCGCGCCUGAGGUGUCUGAUCCGGAGAAGAUUCGCCUGGAGCAGAGCUACAGGGAGAGAGGAGAGGAACGUGGCCGAGCCAGAGACACUCCUCUCAGUGUUCGCAUCAGCAACGUGUGAACAGAUGAAACUAUUUGAAAAGACAGAGUUCAAUGUCAGAAGCAAAUGAAUGAAAACAACAUAUCACCUUUUGAAAUCAAGGUUUUUUGGUAGCAACAGAACCUGCAGAAAGGAAAACAUGAAAGACUGUGGACUGCUGUGGUCAACUUUAAGCUCGUCAUGCUGUGAUGAUACAUGUUUUACACUGGGUUGACUUUACUCAGAUUACAGCAUAACACACUGCCUAACUACAGCUACUGUAUAUUAAUACUGUAUAUUACUAACUAAGAACAGAACAGGUUGGAUUAUACAUUAGCAGAGAAAAACACAAAAUGACAGAACAGUAUGUUGAGAGGUGAGACAGGGUGAACCUUUGAAAAAACAAGAAUAAUACACUCGUGUAAUCGCUAAACAUUUAUAAAAAGUCUUGAGUUUCAUCUCUGUUUUUUAUUAUUAGUAUAAAAAACACCAAUGAGUAAUUCUGAACCGGUAAAGCAGAAAUCCCCCUGAACUCCCUGAACUCCCUGAACUCCCUAAACUCCCACAACACUGUCAUGAAAAUGUUAUGAAAAAUACAGAAAUACUUGAGAAAAUACACAAACAAAAUACCACUUGCUGUAAUAGGUUAGAUAAAGCACUUUCUGUUGAGAUGAUGGAGCACAACUGUAAUGUAAACCCAUUUCAGAUUGAAUAUUUAGUGUACAUAAUGCUCUGUAUCUGUUGAUGGUCGGGGCAUUUAUUUGUUGCUGUUAUUGACAGAGUUAGCACUUUAUAUAAGUACAUGAUGUACAUUUGCACCUUAGAAAGAUUAGCUUUGGAAUAUAUGAUUGUUAUUACGACUAAAAGCACAUACAAAUUAAAUAUCUAGAGUUUUAAAGUAGUCAGAAAAUACUUAUAUAAAUGUAAAUGCUUCCUUCCUGCUAAGCUAACUGGAAUUACAGUUUCUCUGUCUCAGUGACUUUAGAAAAACUGACAUGUGAAUGAGAUGACGUUUGAAGAUAAGGACAUCAUAAACCAACCAGCCUAACAAUGAAACCUGGUUACAACUUAAAGGGUUCAAAGUCUGAAGCCUGCAUGGGGAAGAGAGGGCAAAUAAAAAAUGAGUGUGUGUGAUAUAAACUCUCUCUGGAGGGAUUAUUUGCAGACCAUUUACAUGCACACACCUAUAACAAAUGAAAAGGGAAAACCAUCAAAAGCAUAAUAGGGCCUCUUUAAUGCGAGUUAUACAGUAAAAUGAAAAUCCAAUGUAAUUCAAAAAGGCAACCAUAUAUCCAAGGAAAGAAAUGCUUUAAAAUAAAGAAGUCAAGGAGGGAAAAAUGCUCCGGCUCUGACCUGGUUUGCUGCUCCAUCUUUAUGGUCCUCAGACUCAUCCUGCUUCAAUGCUUGUUCAGCUUCCUUCUUCCUCCUCUCUCUCCAAACACAUCCCUCUUCCUUCUUUCCCAAGGCCACGCCCCCUUCCACCCAGUGGCAGACAGGUUGUUGUAGGUUGCAAAUGUGACUGUCAGCAUUGUAAGCUUGCCUUUCCCUGGGAUUUAUGAUUUACUAACUUUAUCAAACUAAUAGGGAACACUUUUUCGUAGCCCUUUUACAUUUUUCAGAGGUGAGUGCAGAGAAUGUGAAAGUUAUGUUGUAUGUGAGUCUGUGACUGAAAAUGAUUUUAUUCUGAUGGGAAUGUGUGCCAUUAAUGAGGAUGAAUAUUAUGACUAUGUUGGAAAUUGAAUGUAAAUGUUAAAUUGUAUUGAAUUAACAUCGAGCCCUGGAAUGUAAAUAGUGUUUAAGAGAGAGGAAAAUAGAUGAACCUCUAAAAAAAGUGCUUUAAUAAAGCUGGUUAUGUGUUUUAAAGGCAAAGUCGAAUCAUGUCAUGGAAAGCAAAUAUGGACACAGGCGGAUUUCAAAGAAAUUAGCAAUAAAGCUUUGCUGAGAGGAAACUGACAAAACGCUGUGACUUUCUGCAUACAGGACAGCAGAAAGCUUACACACCUUCCGGCGCAGACUGAAAACUCAUCUCUUUCGACUCCACCUCGAGCAAUAGAAUUAUUAACAAAGCACUUAUAUACUAAUAAAGGACUGGCUUAUCUAAAGCCAGUUGAGUAGCACUUGAAAUGUUUGGCUCUAUGAAACCUGAUGUACUUAUAUGAUUCUGUUUUCUUCAAGGUUGUGUCUUCCUGGUCGAACGUACUUAUUGUAAGUCGCUUUGGAUAAAAGCGUCAGCUAAAUGCAAUGUAAUGUAAUACAGCACAUUUGCAGAAUGAAGUUGUU